AUGAUUUCUAGAUUAGUAUUAUUAACUUUAAGAAGAACGGUUAAAAGUUCUUUAAAUAAUGUUUAUAUACAGCACCGUCCCCUGUCUACACGAACAAAUACAUUGCUAAGUUCUCAUAAUGGUUCUUUACGCUUUUGUGAAUCAACGAGAAACGUGAAUAUGAAUAGAAAUAAUUUGUACAAGUUCCCGAAUUUUCAAGUUCGUACAAUGUUCAUUCAAACCGAAACUACGCCUAAUCAAGACUCAUUAAAAUUUAAACCUGGAGUAUCGGUUAUGCCGGAUGGUGGAACGGCAGAAUUUCUUUCAGGAAAUUCAGCGACAACCUCUCCACUUGCAAAGAAACUGUUUCAAAUAGAUGGAGUUCGAGGGGUAUUCUUUGGACCUGAUUUUAUUACCAUAAGCAAGGACCAAGAUACACCUUGGCAAUUAAUGAAACCUGAUAUAUAUGCAGAUAUUAUGGAUUUCUUUUCUUCGGGACAACCGAUAUUAACAGAAGCUCAACCACCUUCUGAUACAGAAAUUAAAGAUGAUGAUCCUGAAGUUGUUCAAAUGAUUAAAGAAUUAUUAGAUACAAGAAUUAGACCUGCUAUACAAGAAGAUGGUGGUGAUAUUGAGUAUAGAGGAUUUGAUAAUGGGAUUGUCAAAUUGAAAUUGAAAGGCGCUUGCAGAUCUUGUGAUUCUUCAGUUAUAACACUGAGAAAUGGAAUUGAGAAUAUGUUAAUGCAUUAUAUUCCAGAAGUUACUUGCGUAGAACAAAUAUUGGAUGAGGAAGAAUCAGUUUCUCAACAUGAAUUUGAAAGGUUGGAACGGAAAUUAGGAAUGACUUAA